UUGUUUCUCAUUGCUCUAUAAAAUCACUCUUAAGUCAUCUUUCUCUGCCCUCCCCCCCCCACUACUUUUGGUUUUCUUCUCUUUCCUUCUCCCUCCCUGUUUUUCUCUGUUUCUUAACCAUGGAUGAGUUGGGUUCUUUAUGGAGUUAUCAAGCGAAAUUAGAUGAACUGAAUCACAAGCUUCUGUACACCACAACUGAACUGGAGACUGUGAAAAUGGAAGCGAGGAAGUACAAAGAGGAGGUCAAGCAUUUGCUCAAUCUUCUUAAGGUUGCAUAUCAGGAAAGAGAUGAAGCUAAAGAUCAAAUGCAAAAACUACUGAAUAAAUUCAUGUCUUCAAGCCCAACUGAAUUUCACCCCAAUAUACUUAGCCAUCUCCCACAUGAAAGUCCUCUUGUAGUUGUGCCAACAAAAGCAAAUUCAAGCAUUACUGAAUCUAAUAGUCACUCUGAUACAUAUAAUCCACAGUCACAUGGGUCAUCUCCUGUUAAUUCCAUUUUUGACACUGUUUCCUCCCCUGAUUUCUCCAACAUUAACAUGGCUGAUUCAAGAAACCUGAAUUUUGUUAACCAGCCUUUUGUUGAUGACUACAAUGGCCCUAUCCCAACAGGAGUAGUCUCUUCAGUAGUGACCAAAAUUGAUCCGGCUAGUGUGCUUCUUGACAGUCUGGUUAAGGGAAAAACUCUGCCUCAGAAAGGGAAACUAUUGCAAUCUGUGAUGGAAGCAGGCCCCCUUCUGCAGACCCUGCUGGUUGCUGGCCCAUUGCCGAGAUGGAGAAAUCCUCCUCCUUUGCAACCUUUCAAAAUCCCACCUUUUUCCAUAAGAGCUUCUGAAACUAUGAGUAUUAAUCAGAAACCAGGUGCUAAAUUAGGCUGUGUUGCUGAAAGGUCGCUGAAUUCAUCAUCAUCCUACCUUCAAAUGCCUUGCGCCUCUCCUCAAAUGUGUUCUACAUCCAUUUUAAACUUUUCAACAUGUCCUGCUGCUGCUGCUGUCCAGAGUAAUGAGGUACUCUUAACUGCAGGUGCUAUCAUAAACAACCAAAUCCCACCUAGCAAGCGGCAAAGGUUUCAAUAUUGAGACUGAAGAUUUUGUUUCAGUCUUGUAAAAAUUAGUUGUUGAUGGUGUAAAUGUGAUAUAUUUCUGGGUUUGAAAUAACAUAGAGUUUUAACUUAAUUUUUUCAUGGUUUCUUGGACAUUUAGAUGUUACACCAGUCACCAGUGGUGUUUGUAUUAUAAAAGUGAUGGAAUUUUUUCUUA